AACAUCACGAGAAGAAGAGAGUUCGGCUACCAUCGCCACCUGUCGGUCGUCUCCGGAGGUGUCAGCCGUGAGCUCCCCGUUGUCGCUGUGCAGAGGAGGAGGCGGUUGUGUGUUUUCUCUCCUCUGUUUGCCACCAACCGCAAGAAAUGGAUGUGUUUCUAAUGAUUCGACGUCACAAGACGACCAUCUUCACAGAUGCCAAAGAGUCUACCACAGUCUACGAACUGAAGCGCAUUGUGGAAGGCAUUUUAAAGAGGCCACCUGAAGAUCAGAGGCUUUAUAAGGAUGACGUGAUGCUGAACGACGGUCAAACUCUUGGAAACUGUGGCUUCACAAAUCAAACAGCCCGACCUCAGGCCCCAGCCACGGUGGGAUUAGCUUUCCGUCUGAGUGAUGAUUCAUUUGAGCAGCUGAGGGUUGAGUCUUUCUCCACUCCCCCAGAGCUCCCUGACGUGAUGAAGCCCCAGGACUCGGGCAGCACAGCCAACGAGCAGGCUGUACAGUGAGGGAGGGGGCGGGGGAAACGAGAGGGACACGCAGGGGGGGCCGGAGGGUGGAUGCACGGGGGGGAGGGAGGGGUUGAAUUUUUGGGAAGUGAUGCCUCAGCGGGUGAGUUUUAACCUUGCAGACGACAGAGCUUCAGCUGGGCAUAAACAAUUACAAACACGGAUUCCCCCUUGUUGUAAAUUUGAGGGCGGGUGCUUCAAAGUGGUUCAUUUGUCCUGAUAUCGGUGAACGCAUGCUAGAUAAAUUUGAUAAUUUCACACAAGACCCUUCAGAGAUACCUGACGGACUUGUCACGACACUGUCAGUCAUCCAUGGGAUUGGUAAAGGCUGAACAUAAAGAAUUGUACCUCGUAUUUAAUUAAUUCUAGUCUUUAUUUGGGGUAAGGUUACUGCUGCCUUACUUGUGUUUUUUAUUUUGCUGGCUUAAAUGUGGGAGUUGAUAAGGUGUGACAUUUUUAGGCUUUUAUGUUUGUGUGUUUCUUUAUUAAACUAUUACUAGGAUUUAACAUGUUUUUUGGUCUUUGGCCUGGAUAUGUGUUGCGACAAUAGCUAGGGAGUUUGUGAAAUUCUAAGUUACUAUCUGUAUUUCAAACAACUUUUGAACAGUAUGAAUCUGAAAAUAAAAAACAGAUUCGCUUGUUGGCAGAAGAUCUGGCAUUAAGAUGAACAUUUCUCGGUACUUUACUUAUCAGUAGUUGUAGUUUUCAUACUGUAGCUGCUCACAGAAGUUACUGAGACUGAAUGCACUCAGUUGUGGGCAUCUACAACACAUGUAACGCUGGCGUGGACCUGGUGUUGAAAAUCAAAUGACUGACCGCAUAGCAGCAAUCAAAAAUAACAGUAAUUAUUGAUUUUUAUUUUUAUUUUUUUUUCUACUAACGAACGUUGGGACUAACCAACUUUCCUCUCCAGUGUUUGAUUGUAGCACAUGACAUCGUGGAGAUGUUGAGUAGUAAACCUAAACAGUUUUAAGUUACACACACACACACACACACACACAAACACACAAACACACACAGGUAGUUUGUCAUGUGAUGAGUUAUGAACUGUGCCUGUGAGUAGUUGGGCUGCACAUUCGACUCUCCAUCAUCCCAGAAUCACUGCCCAUUUAGAAUUCAGUUCAUGCUGCAGCUUGUGUUGUAUUAUACACCAUUAAAACCUUAAUACACGUUCUUUUCCUAAAAUUAAAGGUGCAUUAGAAACUCCUCUCCACAUCAAAUAAAAGUAUAACGCUGGGUCUUGUGAUCUAGAAAACUACAAUUUUAAAAAAACAAAACAAAAACCAAACUCCUCCAUUAGUUACAACGGGAAAGUAUAUUCCGACUUGGGGGUGUUGAAUGAAAUUGUUGACAUUACCGCAUUUGCAAUUUGAGGCUGUUAAACAGUGGGACAUGAUCAAAGUUGCACUUGUAACUGAUUUAACAUUAAAACAACUGUUUUUCA